CCUAGAAGCUGCGGGUAAUAGAGUAUGACAAUGAAGUCAUGUCAUUCAUUUUCUCAAGUUGCAUUUUUUGCAUGAAAUUAACAUUGCGUUUUUUUUUCCUCUAAAUAUAUCAUACAUAUUAGACUUUGCAAAUAUAUAUUGAUAGGGAUGGUACAUUUACAUGUUGUAUUUCAAAGAACAUUUGUAAGAAUUUAUCAACCAAACAUACAAAAGCAUUACUGUCGUAUUUAUUUUGCACGCCGCCUGAAAACUACAAUAGCCAGGUUGGCUUUACUCAACACAUGUGACAGAAUAUGCCUCCCUAAUCCGCUUAAAGACAGAGAUCAAUCUGAUCCUGCACUAAACGCGUGGCGUACGCUGAAUAUUUUUCCUUAUUUUUUCACUUGUUUUACUCUCUUAACAAUGAGACAAACGGGUAUUCGUAAUGUGUUAAAAUGGAUUAUAUUUCUAUACUUUAUAACUUUAAUAGUUUUAGUUUAUAGAGUACACGAAGAAGGAUUCGAUGUGUCUGAAUUAGUUGAUAAAGUAAAACUAGGACUGCAUGCAAAUGUUUCCGAGAGAAAACACAGAUUUAUUCCUAGAAAUGAAACUAUACGGACUUUUACGUCUAAAGAAAAUACAGUGAUAUACCGACAGUAUGGUCCGGGUGCAAACGGGACAGGUGUUGACACAUACGGCCUGAACUUAUCACUUCCAGGCUUAGAGGAGAGGAAUAAAUUCCAUGGUUUCAAUACUUUUAUAAGCGAUAUGAUAGGUCUACACCGAAAAUUACCGGACAUGCGACCGUCCGAGUGUAAACGUAAGGUAUAUCCGGACAAUUUACCGCCGAUUACUGUUGUCAUCAUAUUUCGAGACGAAUGGUAUAGUAUUUUACUUAGGACGGUGUACAGUGUGUUAGAAACUUCUCCUCCUCAUCUUAUUUACGAAAUAAUUCUCGUCGAUGAUGGAUCGACGGACGAAGAUUUAAAAACUCGUGUUAAAAUUCACGUGGAAAAUGUGGACAAGCUAACACUCGUCCAAAACGAGAAAUCUCUUGGACUGAUGAUGGCAAGACAGACCGGUAUAGACGCCGUCAGGUCGGAAUUGUUCGCCGUCAUGGAUGGUCAUAUGGAGGUGGGACCGGGCUGGCUGGAACCUUUGAUUUACAGACUAGUCCAGAACCCUAAAGCACUCCUUUGCUCUCAUGUUGGUGGGGUGAAUCAAGAAAAUUUUGAAUUUGUAAUAGAUAACAAUCGACCAGAAGAGAAAACAUUUGACACUUUCUUUCCAUUCUUUGAUCACGUAAAUUUAGAUCAAAUGUUUGCUGAAUAUAGUCCAGCAUUUAAAGAAAAACGGAAUCAUAGCGUGGAACCGAUCCCUGCCGGCACCUUGCAAGGAAUGAUGAUGGUUAUGAGGAAGGAUUUCUUCAUGCAGUUGGGCGGGUUCGAUCCUGGCAUGCGGGUUUGGGGAAGCGAGCAGAUGGAAGUGUCAGUAAAGGUGUGGCUAUGUGGAGGUGUUGUAGAGAUGGUACCAUGCUCUAAAGUAGCUCAUAUGUUUAGAAUAACUCCAUGGGGCAAGAAUGACCCAGCUAACGACUACCAUUCCUUAAACAAGGCACGUAUGGUAGAGGUCUGGAUGGAUCCGCCUUACAGUGAUACACUCAGGCAUUAUCUUAGCGACAAGAAUUACACCAUCGAAAACCUACAAGAGAGACGCGUAAUCCGUACCAGAAAUCGAUGUAAACCGUACCAGUAUUUCAUAGACAUAGUAAAGUCAAUAUCCAACGUUUAUAUUCCCAAGAAAAUAGAGUACAGGGGUAGAAUUCAAAAUCAACAUAAUAGAAGAUGUUUAGAUCUUGCUAAAACUGAUAACCAGCUUAAUGUUAUUUUGUAUCCGUGCCAUAAAAUGGUAACAUCCAACCAAUACUUUAUUUUAACGGAGAAAAAUCAGAUAAGGUGUAUAGAAGGUAAUUUGUUUGAUGUUGAAAAAGGUGGUGAUGAAGUCAUGCUGAAACUUAGACGGUCUCCGUCUGAAUAUAGUAACCCGGAUGCAGAAUGGGAUUAUAGUGAAAGUAGGCUGAAACACGUGUCAACCGGACUAUGUAUCACGGCAUUUACACUUGAUAAACUCGGACUGAGGGAAUGUACGGGCUCAUUGGAUCAAAUCUGGAAAUGGGACAAAGUAGAAUGAAAUCGUUCACCAUCUUCAACAUAAAAAUUUCUUAAAGACCAACCAAAGAAAAAAAUAGAUCAUGUGUACAUUUCACGAUGAUUUCAGAACAGUUCGAAUGAAGGUCUACAAUUACUUUUGCUACACUUGCUAACUGGACAAGUGCAGCUUUGUUUAAAUGAUGACAUAACACUUUGGACUUCUGGACACAUUAUAGAAAGUGUAAAAUUAUCAAAGGGCGGACCCAAACUUGUCCAUCUGUUAUUGUUUACUGUAGUCAACUGUUAUUUCCGGAAUGCACGUUUUCUACAUUCAGGUAGAAAAAGCAAGGACGAUGCGAGCCCUUAAAAUAACAAUUGUAUUGCUAACAGGUAGAAGUUUUUACUGUGUUUCAGCUAGUAACACCACUGCUAAUCCAUCGCUUAUGUUAUUAUUUUUUCAUCCAAGAUUGCCAAUUGCUUAAAUUCAUUGGAUCUGUCAUAUCUGUACUCAACUUCAAUCUAUAUUAAUUCAUUUCAUGAAAGCUUAAAGCUGUUUAUCAAUAUAUUAUUUACUUUAUUACGCCGUUCCUCAGGAAAAGCCGGACCCCGUGAGUGUGGGAACUUGAACAGUAUGUCGCACUAGUUGCAGAAGGUUAACUUGGUGUAAGGUGCCCCGCUUCCUAUCACGGUAUAUUGUUUCAUGACUCUAAGUGAAAUAUUCUUUAGAUAUGUACAACACGAACUUUUUUCACUAAGUGAGGAACCAUAACUCAGGUCUGUAUGAGGAAAUUCCAGCAGAGAACACCAGGCUCACAACUUCAUUUGCUGAAUAAGAACCCUGCAAGGUUUUCAUUACUGGGUCAAAUACUUUUGAGAUAUGCAUGAUACAAACUGAAAUUCGGAUGGACGCACAAAGGCAACACCAAGUGUCCCCACAAAAGGACGUUCAAGGUUAAUUAGCUACGCACAAGACCCCUGCAAGAUAUUUGUCCCUUCUAGCACUUGGACGACAUAUACUGGAUUUGUAUAUGUGAGAGAAACCGGAACUGUGCCCACUGGACAGAGAUGCACCAAUGUACUGUGCCAUCCUCUAAAUAGCAGUUUUUAGUACAUAGUCUUCUCGUAAAGGAUGUUCGAUUUAAGUUAGAAGCAAAUUGUGUUCAGAUAAGGUUGUGCAUCCGAGCCUCUUCAAAAAGUGUACGAGUUGAACACACCGAAUUUCUUCACUUUGACCCAUUUUGUGAAAUUAAGGAAGGGCCAUAAUUCUAGAAAAAAAAAAUCGCCAUACCAAAAUCGAUUAUUUAUGGUCAUUUUCACAUGGAAGUCCUUCAUCUGUGAAACUUUCAAUAGUGUUUGAGGAGAUGGGCACACAAUUUUUUCUAUAUUCUCUAUAGCAAAGCUAUCAGAUGGCCAUAACUGCAGUAAAAAUAGUCAAAGCAAAAGUUCCAUCCUUUAUGGUCAUCUCAACAUCAAGCUUGUUCAUCUGUGAAGCUUCAAGUAAAUCAGGCUUAUUGUGCGACAGGAGCUGGCCACACAAGAGCUUUCUCUAUACUCUAUAUAACAAAACUAUAAAUAAUAACUGCAGUAAAAAUAGUCACAGAAACAAUUCCUUCCUUUUUAAUCAUCAGCACAUCCGAAACCGUUUCACCUCUGAAACUUCGAAGCAAAUCCGGCGAACAGUGUAGGUUGAGUUGGUCUCAAAGAAUUUGGGAUGUACAGACGGACAUACAGACAGCAGCAAUGCUAUAUACCUGCCCCCUAUCCCCCUCCACAAUAAAUGUGGUGGCAUAAAAAUAACAAGCUGAUUUUGGCUAUAUGAAUAUUUAAUACCAAAAUACAGGAGUACUAUGAUAAAUGAUGAUGAUGAAACAAGAUACUGUACAAAAUGACUUUCUAUGACAGAUAAACUUCCAUUAUUUAACAAGGCAGUCUGAAAGACAGCUAAAUCCCCCGCCACUGCU